AAGACCACGCAUCGCAGCGAUCGUCCUGAGGUUCGUCAAUGAAGGAGGAGGGGUUCCCCGCUCGGCACUCAGUCACUAUGCAGCUUACUCUCAAUGCUUAAACCAGGACGGCUGUGACGUGUAGACGAUGAGGACACGAGAGACGGUGCAGUUUGUAACUUCAACGCAUCAGAACCACCGCGCGUUCCGUCUCGGUCGGUGAGGCUCCUCCGCUGCGUAACGACAUCCAAACGCACGGGGAUUGAAGAACAUUGAGAGUCUAACGUCUCUCUUCCUCCAGCGGACCAGCAUGAAGCCUUCCACGCUGUAGCCACACACUAAGUUAUGCGUUUCUAUCAAGAGAGUUGAAUUGUUGGAUCACGACAUACUUCUUCUAACUGUCCUCCCUGUUCCUCCGGACCCUGGCUCCAGCGCCCCAGGAGGAUGAUGCUGAGCCCGGACCCGGCGGUGGAGGAUGACCUGUCCUGGGGAGACCCGCCCCCCCGCUGUCUCCUGGACCCCCUCCGGGCCGGGCGGGGUCCCGGGGGGGCGGCGGCGGCGGCGGGCGAGGAGGGGCCCGGCCACGCCCGCUCUCUCUCCCUCAGCCGGGAGGAACGGCGGCGCCGUCGGCGGACCACCGCCAGGUACCGCUCGGCGCACGCCAGCCGGGAGCGCGUCCGCGUGGAGGCCUUCAACGGGGCGUUCGGCGACCUGCGGGACCUCCUCCCCAUCCUGCCGCCCGACAAAAAGCUCUCCAAGAUCGAGAUCCUGAGGCUGGCCAUGUGCUACAUCUCCUACCUCAGCCACGUGCUGGAGCUGUGAGGGUCUGGCAGCUCAGCGUGGAGGGUAGACCCCCCCCCCCUCAGUAGGACUAGCAGGCCUCCGACCCGGCGGAGAUCCAUGGACGUGGGCGCUGCCAGCUGGACCAAUCGAAUGUCCUCCCUCACUGACUCCUAGUUCUCUAGUUCUCUGGUUCUGAGAUCACGGUCAUAAGAAAACAUGCAGGUUUAGGCCCAAUCCCAUUUCUACCCCUUACCCCUUACCCCUUACCCUUAC